AAGAUCCAAAUCUCGUGUGAAAAAAACUAUAUGGCAGCAAUGCUGAAAGGUUGCGGUCAGUUGCAGUUUGAGGACAAAUGGCCCACUAUGCGGCCAACUGUCUUAAAACUUUUAAGACAGGAGACAGUCCCAAGGGCAGAGUGGUAUGACCUUUUCUGGGCUGUGCACUCAGUGUGCCUCUGGGACGAUAAAGGUCCUAACAAAGUGAAUGGUGCUUUAAAAGAUGACAUUCUGGAGUUUAUCAAACAGGCACAGUCGAGAGUUAUGCAACAUCAGGAGGACUCAGCUUUACUUAAAGCCUACAUUGCAGAAUGGGGCAAGUUCUUCACACAGUGCGACUACCUGCCACUGCCUUUUGGCCAGUUAGAGACAUCAUUGGCUGGCAAGGCACCUAGUGGCGGCCAGAAGAAAAACCAAGAAGAAAGUAUUGUUAGAAAGCUCAUGUUGGAUAGUUGGAACCAAAGUAUAUUCUCCGACAUUAAGCCGAGAUUACAAGACAGUGCCAUGAAGCUAGUCCAUGCCGAGCGCAAUGGGGAGGCAUUUGAUUCACAGUUGGUGAUAGGUGUCAGAGAAUCUUAUGUAAAUCUUAGCAGUGAUGUCGACGACAAACUAAAAAUCUACAGAGAAAACUUCGAGAAGGCUUACCUCGAGGCUACCGAGUCGUUCUACAGAAGUAAAGCGCCAGAAUAUCUAGCGGACAACGGCGUCCAGAACUACAUGAAAUAUGCCGAUGCUAAGCUGAAGGAGGAGGAACAAAGAGCAUCAAGAUAUCUGGAGACUCGGAAGGGAUGCAGUUCUGUGACUGCGUUGGUUGACUGUUGUGUGAAUGUCCUGGUGACGGCCUUCAAAGACACCAUCCUGGCCGAAUGUCCACAGAUGAUCAGGAGCAACGAGACGUCAAGGCUGAGGCUGAUGUUCAGUCUGAUGGACCGUGUGCCUGAAGGCAUUGCUCCGAUGCUGUGUGCUCUCGAGGAGCAUAUUAUUAGUGCGGGUUUGGCAGACAUGAUUGCUACUGCUGAUACUAUUACAACAGACUCUGAGAAAUAUGUUGAGCAGCUCUUGCUACUGUUCAAUCGGUUUAGUUUACUAGUGAAGGACGCCUUCUGUGAUGAUCCAAGAUUCCUCACAUCUAGGGACAAGGCAUAUAGAAAUGUGGUGAAUGAUACUUCUGUAUUCAAACUUGAACUCCCUGCCAAAAAUAAAGGAUUGGCUAAUUUCCAUUGCAGAGUAAGUGCCAAAACCCAACCAGAGUCCAAAUGUCCUGAACUUCUGGCCAACUACUGUGAUAUGUUACUCAGAAAGACACCACUUAGCAAAAAACUCACAUCAGAAGAGGUUGAAAAGAAACUAAGAGAUGUGCUGUUAGUGUUGAAAUAUGUUCAGAAUAAAGAUGUGUUCAUGAGAUACCACAAGGCCCACCUCACAAGGAGGCUCAUCCUGGACACGUCUGCUGAUAAUGAGAAGGAGGAGAACAUGGUCGAGUGGUUGAGGGAGGUUGGUAUGCCGGCUGAUUACGUCAACAAAUUAGCGAGGAUGUUCCAGGAUAUUAAAGUGAGUGAGGACCUGAAUGCAGAGUUCAAGGAGGCUCAGCGUAACAACAACGAAGGAAUUGCAGAAUCAAUCAACAUCAAGAUACUGAAUGCUGGUGCUUGGGCUCGGAGUAGCGACCGUGUGCCCGUGUCUCUCCCCAUGGAGCUAGAGGAUUACAUCCCGCAGGUGGAGGACUUCUACAGGAUGAAACACAGCGGCAGGAAGCUACAGUGGCACCACCUAAUGUCAAAUGGCAUCAUCACCUUUGAGAAUGAUCAAGGCCGUUAUGACUUAGAGGUGACAACAUUUCAAAUGGCUGUGUUAUUCUCGUGGAAUGAGCGACCUAAAGAUCGCAUCUCCUUCGAGAACCUCAAACUUGCUACAGGACUUCCAGAUGCAGAGUUGCGCAGGACUCUAUGGUCUCUGAUUGCCUUCCCAAAGAUCAAGCGACAGGUGCUGCUGUGUUCACCAGAAACCAAGAACCCCAAAGACUUCACAGACAGCACACAGUACUACGCUAACCAGGACUUCUCACUAGUUAAAAAUGGUAAACUACAAAAGCGAGGAAAAAUCAAUCUAAUUGGUCGACUUCAGCUGUCAACGGAACGAGCGAAGGAGGAGGAUAAUGAAGGCAUUGUACAGCUCAGGAUACUCAGGGUGCAGGAGGCAAUAGUGAAAAUCAUGAAGAUGAGGAAGAAGUGCACGAACGCUGCCUUACAAACGGAACUUGUGGAAAUUCUCAAAAACAUGUUCCUCCCUUCGAAGAAGAUGAUCAAAGAACAAAUCGAGUGGUUGAUUGAACAUAAGUACAUGCGGCGGGCCGAGGAUAACAUCAAUAUGUUUAUCUAUAUGGCGUAGACUUAGCUUUAGGACGUAUUGAAAUGGAUCAGGUUACAAAAAGUUUCAUUUUUCCUGGACUUGGUCAAGGUCUGAAGGUGAUACAAAUUCACAUUCGUUGGAGAUUUGAAAUAGAAAUCAGGUAACAAACAUUGACUGCUUUCUGAGGUGUGAAAUCUUAGACGAGAAUGAUCAACUUUAGAGCUUUGAGACAAUCUCCAUCUCAGAGUUCUGACAUUUUUCGUUGUUGUUGGAGAUUGAGAUGGUCGCUCCACAGACCUACAUAUGCUGACAAUGACGCAAAAAAAGGCUUGGUUGAAUACGGUACAUCACCAUGCUAUUGUAAAGUCCCGCUUUCCUGGACUUCUUGCAGCAGUGUCAACAGAGGCUUUGUUGCCUUUCAAAAAACCAAACAGCAACUGCAGCGCCCCUGUGGUGGAGGUUGGGCUUUGUGAUGGAUACAAGGGUAAACAUUUCAUUUUUGUCUCCAAUAAGUUAACAAGGCCCAACCAAACAAAUUUCGUGCAUCUUCUGUGCAAAUGAUCAUUAAAUGAUGAUGAUAGAUGUGGUAUUGUUCCUCCUCCAUAAACAGGUGGCGCCUCUCUUGUUUGGGAAGAUUUUCGCAACACCGAUCCCAAGAAGUGGUCUUACAAAGAUUGCAGCUUUGGGUCGAGCUUUACGGUAUGAGUUACUGCCAUUUGUGGCUUGGAUCCAUGGUUGCUGUGGAGGAUCGUCACCUUGUCAUGUGGUGUGUAGCCAUGUAGGCCAGGGAUUUGACAGUAUUCGGCCUAAUGCUGCAGAACACUUUACUGAAGUCACCCGAUACACAAACUGUUGUUUUAGAGGUUGUCUUACCUUGAGAGUAAUUAGAGGAAGACUUCUUUACUGCUAAAAGCGGGAAAUAUAACACAUUAGGAAUGUUCAGUUGCUGUUAUUCUCUUCAUUUGAAAAGUAGUCAAAACAGGGGUUUGAAAAUAUAAAAUCAGUUGUUUUACUUAAAUUAAUGAAUUUUUAGUUUGAAGUCACUUUGGAUAACUAUUGAGUGUUUCUCUGUGAUCACUCCAACCUCACGAGGUUACAAGUCGAGGUCACAAAAGGUGCAUGGAGCUUUCUCAUCCGGGGCAAUUUCACAAAUAGUCUGUGCAUGCGAACUUACUUUAAGUUUUAUCGAUAUGGUAAACUGAACACCUGCUACAUAUGUAUGUACUGUGUCCAUUUGUGUCGGUCAAACAUCGUCAAAUGGUGGAAAACUUCUAGGCUAUCAAAAGAGCAGUCUGGUUUGUCAACAACUGAUGUUCAUGGAUGAGGUCAUUUACAACGUUUUAGCUUUAGAAGCCAGAACGGCCCAAGAUGAUGUCAUCGAUGAUGGUGACAUUUAGUGGACCUGCUCAACCCGUAAUUUUGAUUCAAGCACAAUGCCAAGUAUUAAGUCAAAGUUAUGCAGAUUUUAUUCUAAUUUUGAUUUAGAUGAUGUUUUUAAUUCCCAAUUUGGGUUUAGUGAAAACUCGGCAAGACCCCUUACCACUAUGUUCCUGUAUGCACGACUGCCAGCUGAUGACUUAUGAGGACUUGGUCACACUUGUAAAGUAGUACUGACUAAUUCCCCAAUCCUUCCUCAUGAUGGAUACGUUUGGUUACUUAAGCUGAACAGGAACUGAAGAUCUCUUUCAAAAAAUAUGAAAAAUACUAACAUUUUGGUCAGAAAUAGUAAACAAUGGGAUCUUCUUGUAAACAGUUUCGAAUAGCCCUCAUAGAGUGUUGGCCGCUGUGUGUACAUGAUGGGAGUGUUUUCAUCACUUGUAGCUGCUAUUUAUUCUGUGUUCUGCUCAAGUGCUUAUUUACGGAGGUUUCUACUGGAGUGAUUGAAGCCUGGAGAUUCGCUGAUUCACCAUAGUACUACGAUUGAAGGCCAAAGCUGUUAAAGGCCUUUGAUGUGUACCGAAGUCUUCCGCAGACCUCCAGCAGUUUCUAUUCUUGGCCUGGAGAUCAAUUUUCUUGAUCCUCAGAUGUGAUCAGAACUUAACUCUCACGGUAACCAAAAACAUUGACAGCAACUUCAAUCUCCUGCAUUUAAUUAUUGGAAAGUGACAACUUAACCCUGAGGCCGUGUACCGCAACUAUUUAUAACAAGCUCAAUGAAGUAGUGAGCUUUGUAACGCUUGAAUGUUUUAUAGUAGAGAGCCACAACAGGGUCAACUUGGAAUAUUAUCAAAUGGGUCUCUUCUCUAAAGCCUUGCUAUUGCACUGUUUUUGUUUAUAACUAGGCACUAAGCUUUUCCUAGAUAGGACUGGACAAUAAUGAUGAUGGUUUGACUGUUUUAAUAGAAGGGUACUUGUCUGAGGCUCAAGUCAGGAGUAGCUGUUUGAUAUUUCGGGGUAGGAGACCCCUGCGUUCCCACCAUCUGAAGCCUAGGAUUUGGCUUAGAUGUUACAUGUCAAAUCGAUGUAUACUUGUAAUUGUUAUUUAUACUGAAAUAAAAGAAUUAUA